AUGGGCAACUGCUGUUUAAAGAACGAUGGUAAGCUGUCCGAGCCGGCGACGAACGCUUCCUCCUCGUCGGUGAAGACUUUCGCACGCAAGCCCGUCCCCGGCUCGGACGUGUUCAACAACGGUACCGGAGGCAGCAGUUCGGCAAAGUUUUUGGCGGCAGGCAACGGGGGCAGCGGUGACACCGCUGCUUCCACGAUUUCUGUCGCUUCCUCCGAUGCACGGGUGGUACUGGACGCGACGAAUCCAGUCGUCUCACCUUCGUCCGUCGACCAGACAUCCGCCGCUACCCCUACCACUACCGUGACCGUUGCCGCUGCGGGCGAAAAAUUGGACGCGAAGGUCGCCACUGCAGCGUCGGCGACGGGGGGCGAAGCUGACAGGAAGACAUUCAUUGCGCUUUACCGUUACGAUGCACGUACCGCCGAGGACCUGAGUUUCUCUAAGGGAGAUCACUUGCAGAUCCUGGACAACAGUCAGGGCGAUUGGUGGUUCGCGCGAUGUCUGAAGACCGGCAAGUGCGGCUAUGUGCCGUCGAACUUCGUCGCUGAAGUGGACACUCUUGCCGCCGAGACGUAA